AACUACACCCGGCGGUUUAAACCCCCUUCUUUUGCAAACCAACACCAUUUUCUUUCUCUCCAAUCCACUAUCCAUACCCGUCAAUGGCGUUCGGAUCAGCCUCUCUGAUGUGGUUUCGAAAAGGUCUUCGGAUCCACGACAACCCGGCCCUCGAUUACGCUUCCAAGGGCACCGCCGUCUGCUACCCUGUUUUCAUUAUCGACCCCCAUUACAUGAAACCCGACUUGAACGCGUUUUCCCCCGGGUCAUCUCGGGCCGGGUUGAACCGAAUACGGUUCUUGCUUGAGAGCCUAGUGGAUUUGGAUUCCAACCUCAAGAAGCUCGGAUCCCGGUUGCUGGUUCUCAAGGGGGAACCAGGCGAGGUCCUUGUUCGUUGCCUAAAGCAGUGGGAUGUGAAAAAGCUUUGCUUUGAGUAUGAUACUGAACCAUAUUACCAAGCUUUAGACGUUAGAGUCAAGGAAUAUGCAUCUACAGCUGGACUUGAGGUUUUCUCUCCUGUGAGUCACACACUCUUUAACCCUGGUGAUAUCAUACAAAAGAAUGGAGGAAAGCCACCGCUGACUUAUCAAUCAUUUUUGAAACUUGCUGGGCAACCGUCAUGGGCAUCAUCUCCGCUUACGACCUCACUUCCUUCGCUUCCUCCUGUUGGAGAUUUUGGAGAUUGUGAAAUUUUUGUAGUUCCAACGCUAAAAGAACUUGGCUAUGAAGUCACGGAACAGGAGGAUUACUUAACUCCUUUUAGAGGAGGUGAAUCUGUAGCCUUGAAGAGGUUAAGAGAUUCAUUAAGUGACAAGGAGUGGGUGGCAAAGUUUGAGAAACCUAAGGGUGACCCAUCUGCAUUUCUGAAGCCAGCAACAACUGUUUUAUCACCUUAUUUGAAAUUUGGAUGUCUGUCUUCAAGAUACUUUUAUCAAUGCCUUCAAGAUGUACACAAGAUGGUGAAAAAGCACACAUCACCCCCAGUCUCCCUUGUUGGACAGUUACUAUGGCGGGAUUUCUUCUAUACUGCAGCCUUUGGCACUCCUAAUUUCGAUCAGAUGAAGAAUAGUACAAUAUGCAAACAGAUUCCUUGGAAUGAUAAUGAUGAACUAUUGGCAGCUUGGAGGGAGGGUAGGACUGGGUACCCUUGGAUUGAUGCUAUCAUGAUGCAGCUUCACAAGUGGGGUUGGAUGCACCAUCUAGCACGACAUUGUGUUGCGUGUUUUCUGACCCGUGGGGAUCUGUUUGUUCACUGGGAGAAAGGUCGUGAUGUUUUUGAGAGGCUUCUGAUUGAUUCUGAUUGGGCUAUUAAUAAUGGAAAUUGGCUAUGGCUAUCAUGUUCCUCAUUUUUCUAUCAGUACAACCGCAUAUACUCCCCUAUCUCAUUUGGAAAGAAGUAUGAUCCAAAUGGAAACUAUAUCAGACAUUUUCUUCCUAUAUUGAAAGACAUGCCGAGGGAGUACAUCUAUGAACCCUGGACGGCUCCUCUAAGCAUUCAAACUAAAGCAAAGUGCAUUAUUGGAAAAGAUUAUCCAAGACCAGUGGUAUUCCAUGAUUCUGCUAGCAAAGAAUGCAAGAGGAGGAUGGGUGAAGCUUAUGCAUUGAAUAAAAAGUCGAAUGGAUUGGUUAGUGAAGAAGAAUUGAUUAGCUUAAGAAGGAGAUUGGAUGAAGAUACGAACAACCAAGUCCAAGAGGUCAAAACAAAAAAGCAAAAGACAAUUGCUGAUUGGAUGAGUGCAAAAUAGUAUGUUGGUUCCAUCAUCAUUUACUUUAUUAUUAUAUAUCUUUUGCAAAAUAGACAUUUCUUAAAAUGAAUUUUAGAGAAUUGCUUAUGUUUUUAAACUUUUUGUAAAAUACCAUUUUUUACUACGCUCAACCACACUUGACAGCAACACCACCUCAAUUAUGUGGAAAUAUUAUUUUGCAAAGAAACUUUUUACUA